UACAGGAUCUCCAGGUCCUGCUCCAGGAGGUGUCUCUGUGGCGUACCUCUGCUUCCCUCCGAUUCCUCUCACCAUGGAGGAGAUAGCUACUCUUCCCUGGAGCUCCAGAAUUUUCUUUUGGCCUUCGGGAAAAGCUUCACCAGGGCAUCCAAGAUGGAUCUCAAGUGUGCCCUAGAAGAAUGUACAAUGGCUCUAAACUUAUUUCUAAAUAAUAAAUUCUCAGAAGCCCUGGACUUACUUCGACCUUGGUCUAAAGAAAGCAUGUACCAUGCCUUGGGCUACAGCACUAUUUUAGUAAUGCAGGCUGCUAUGACCUUUGAACAACAGGAUAUUCAAAUGGGUAUCACCACAAUGAAGGAAGCUUUGCAAACUUGCCAGAGAUUCAGGAAAAGAAAUACAGUGGUAGAAUCUCUGUCCAGUUUGGUUUCCAAACCAUCAAUGGAUCAACUGAGUGAAGAGGAGAUGCAUGCAGAAAUCUGUUACGCUGAAUGUCUACUUCAGAAGGCAGCACUGACAUUUGUGCAGGAUGAAAAUAUGAUCAACUUCAUCAAAGGUGGACUUAAAAUCAGGACAAGUUACCAAAUAUAUAAGGAAUGCCAUUCUGUGCUGCAGAUGACACAGAGCAACAAAAGCAAUAAAGAAACCUAUCAUCAGUUUGAAGGGGGAGUGAAGCUUGGAAUAGGUGCAUUUAACUUGAUGCUUUCCCUUUUACCAGCAAGGAUUCUCCGACUUCUGGAAUUCAUUGGGUUUUCUGGCAAUAGGGACCUGGGGCUUUGUCAGUUACGAGAAGGUGCCUCUGGGGCCAGUUUGAGGGCUACGCUGUGCAUCUUAACUCUUCUGUUAUAUCAUACUUAUGUUUCGCUGAUACUUGGUACAGGGGAAGCCAAUCUUGAGGAAGCAGAGACUCUCCUUGAACCCUACCUCCAGAGAUUUCCAAACGGUUCACUAAUUUUGUUUUAUGCUGCCAGAAUUGAGUUGCUGAAAGGGAAUUUUGAAAAGGCACAAGUGGUAUUCCAAGAUUGCAUAUCUGCCCAGCAAGAAUGGAAGCAGAUUCAUCACCUCUGUUACUGGGAGCUGAUGUGGUGUUAUACAUUCCAGCAGGACUGGCUUCAGGCUUAUCAUUAUGCCGAUCUGCUAUGCAAAGAGAGCAGGUGGUCCAAGGCAAUAUAUGUGUUCCAAAAAGCUGCAAUUUUGAGCAUGCUAUCAGAUGAGGAUGUGAAAUCAACUGGAGAGAAUGUUGUGUCAUUAUUUAGGAAGGUCGAGAGCCUAAAGCAGAGAAUAGCAGGCAAAUCUAUCCCAACGGAGAAGUUUGCAGUGAGGAAGUCCCGACGUUACUCAAGUCCUCAACCUGUGAAGCUGAUUUUACCUGCCCUGGAAAUGAUGUAUGUCUGGAAUGGUUUCUCAAUAGUGGGCAAAAGAGCUGAUCUUACUGAAAGUUUGUUGAUAACCAUUGAAAAAGAAGAACUAGCUUUACGCAAUGAAACAAGUAUGAAAGGGAAGCAAGAAGAAGAGCUGGCAACAGAAUGCGAGAGCAAAACGUGGAAGGAGAGAAAUGUACUAUUUCGCAAAGAAGCACCAGGAAAGCCUACAGAAUACUCUAUGGAUGACCAAUGUUUGGUACAGUUACUGAAAGGUCUCUGCCUGAAGCACUUAGGACGACUCUUGCAAGCUGAACUAUGUUUCAAUCAGGUUAUUCAAAGUGAGAAGCAACUGAAGUAUGAUCACUACCUGGUGCCAUUCACACUCUAUGAAUUGGGACUUCUGUACAAGCAACAAGGAGACAGAGACAAAGCCAUAAGAUUAAUAGAAAGUGCAAAAAACAACUACAAAGAAUACUCCAUGGAAUCCAGACUACAUUUCAGAAUUCAUGCCGCACUCAACAGCUUGAGAGGAUCACCUGCUUCUACACCUUGAUUAAAGCUUAAUGCAUCUGUUCUUUUCUUAAAUGAGUACGUGUCUAUUAUAGACCCACCCUUGUUUGAAAGUAGAUAAGUGAUCAUGUAAAUAACCUAGAGAGAGACGGGAGUGGUAAAUGAUUGUAUUAAUAUUUUCUAUCUGUGUAAUUUGAUGUAGGUCAUCUAGUUUGUUUUUUCUGUAGAAUUUUGUCAUAUUUCUGUACAAUACUAUACUAUGGAGGAAGUGACUGUAUUUUCAUCUCGUGAAAGGAAAUUUAAUUUAAUGUUUGGCUCGAAUGGAAGGAUAUUACAAGACUGCAGAUGCAGUCAAGUCUAAUUUAGAUUAUUUAUUUUUUUAAUGUGGCUAUUAACAUCGAGGUAACAGAAUUAGAUUUUCUGAUCCUGGUUCACAGCUAGAGCAUUCAGUAGAGGCUUGUUUUUCUGAAGUUCACUUAUUUAGACCUUUGGCCUGGGACUUAAAUUUAUUAACAUAGACUAUGGUUGGAGAGUAAUUUGUAGGACAGUUUGUCAAUUAAAUGUUUGCCUUUUUAAAGAAAUAAUACUUUAUUCCAAAAUUCAAAAUAUUAAAUGAUAAUCCUCAGCAACUUUGUCAAGACUGGCAGAAAGACAGGUCAAUUAUAGAUUUUUUUUCUGUGACAAGAUAUUAGAAUUAAGGAGAUUCCUUAUCUUGAUAAGGUGAAAUCAAACUGUAAUAUUGUGUUAUGGUUUCUGGUGAGCAUUCGACUUGGUUCAAGACUUCUCUGUUUCAGUUUAAAUCAUUAAUGCUAAUUGGCGCCCAACUACUUUUGUGUUUCAAGAAGUGAGGAGAGAAGUCUUAAACUAGAAGACCAAAGCCUAUAGUAGCCAGAAGGUUCUGAUUGAAUUCAAGCUGUGAUUGCUUUUUCUUGAGGAAGCAAAGCAAAAUUAAUAUUCCCUUAUAAAGGAAAUGUAAUAUAUCCUUGCAUUUGUAAUAAUUGGAGAGCAAUAGUUAACUCUUCUCUUUCAUUUAGAAACAAAUUGGUAUACACUUGGAUUUUGUUGAAACAUUAUUUGAAAGCUACUUAGCUUGCUGAAUUUUUAGACCCUCAGUGACUGAUCUGGAAAUCACAAACUAUUAUCAGAUCAUGAACCCAUGUUUUAUUGGGGCACCACUUCUUUGGUAUCUCUAACAAUCUGACCAUAGUCUUUAGUAUGUUUUAGUAAUGGUUAAGAAUAGUAUUUUAGCUAAUUUGAGAGCAAAGAAAUGGGAAAUAGAAUAAUCUGUGAUUCCGAAAGGAUUAUUCAGUAAUCAGCUUCAAUAAUUAGUACCUCAAAAAAGAGCAUUUUGAGGUUUAUAUUUUUAGCUAUUUUUCCUUAGUGGCUUUUUAAAAUUAAUUUUUUUCUUUGUAAUUCUUUUUCAAAAAAAGCUUUUGUAGAACAGGCUUUAGUUUAAUAGAAAUAUUUGUAUUUGUUUUGACAAGUUGCAAGGUCAGUAAAUGAUCAUUCUUUACAUUGAGUGAUUAGACUUUCCACAAUAAUGUGCUGUGAUUUUCCUUGGAAAACAUUUUCUUUUCAACAUCAAAAAGAUUAUUGCUGAUUUUAAAAAUAAGAUCAUGAAUGACCUUGGUUCUUCAAAUUUACUUCCUAUUUUUAAUUGUUUUGUGGCUGAGCAAUAUAGACAUUUAAUAAUUAAAAAGCACUGACACGUUUUCUUCCUAUAUUGCCUGCUAUUCUAUUUUCAGAAUAGCUCUCCAACUCAAGAUAUAUCAGUGAUGCUGUGUUUUUAAAAUGAGAACAGAGUUGGGCAAUAAAUGAAUACUAUGUAGAAAACUCAGGCAACUAUAUUUAUAGAGCGUAUGUGGUGUGAAUCUGAGUAUGUCUGAGACCUUUUAUGGUGUACAAUGACUCCUUUUGGUGUCAAUCACAAUACUGGAUGAUAUCGUAUGAUUUUUAAGGGCAGAUGAGCUAUUCUGUGCGUUCUGUGAACAAGGGAGUGGAAAUUGCGUGUUGAAUUUCCCAUCCGUGGAAUAAGGAGAAUGAUUCCUUCCCCCUUCUAUCUAACAGUGACAUUUGGUAGCUAAAGUCCUCUGUGUAUGGGUUGUUUUUUUUUUUUUAAUCUCUUUGAGCAUUAUUAUUGAGUCCUGGUCUCCUCUCUGGAACGCUUGGGGUAAGCUCGUUGUGGGCAGGGAAUGUGUCUGUUUAUUGUUAUAGUGUACUCUCCCAAGUGCUUAGUACAGUGCUCUGCACACAGUCAGCACUCAAUAAAUACAGUUAACUGUUCUGAUGCACUAUUAAAAGCAAUAGAAGAGAAUGUAGCCUCCCUCCAAAUAUGCCUUUAGGAUCAGUCAGUUACUGGGAUACAGCUGUUUGUGCUGCUGAGGCUCUGCUACGUGGUGUGCGUCUUUCAGGCAUUGUGAGGUGGUGUUGGAGGGAACUUACGUGGUGGCUGCUGUGCUGAAGGCAGAGUCCACAGAUGCAUGUACCUGCUAUGAUCAUAUCCCAAGCUGUGCAUGGGUCAAAAUAUGCCUCACUACAUAUAAAGCAUCCAUGUUCCAUGCUUCCAUGUACAGGGUAGGGGAUGAUGACUUAUCCCUGAUUUCCACCCCUUUCCCCCAGCACAGCCCCAGCUCCCCCAACCCCAAAGACAAUUUAGCCAUCCCUAGGCAAGCAUAAAACAGUCUGAACUCUCCAACUAACAGUAGAAUUGGGCUCGAUAUUUUAAUGGGCAAUGAAACGAGGAUUACAUCCAGCACUCUCAAAGGGCUAAUUUCUCCUGUUUGUACCUCCCGGAUCCCCAAAGCUCCCUCUGAUGUUGAUGGCAGCUGUCGAAUCACAGAGAAGGUAAGCAAAGGAAUCAUCCUGCCCUUAAAAAUUCUCCAUUUCAGAAGCCGCAUUCUAGGGGUGACCAUAUUAUGCCACGCAGAAAUAUACUUGGUUGCUUAUACGUGGUACAACCUGAUCACCUUGUAUCUUCCCCGGCGCUUAGAACGGUGCUUUGCACAUAGUAAGCACUUAAAUGCCAUUAUUAUUAUUAUUUAUGAUGCUACACUGUCAGGUCCGUUGACUACAGUAUACGUCCCUCUCUGCAUGUAGGUAUGAAAAUUAUAAAGGUUAAAUCCAAAUGGGCUAGUCAAAACACAAUUCUAAAGCAACAGUUUGAUGUCUCAGAGUGUCUAGUUCCAUGUGUGUUAAAAGAAGUCAGGUCCUCAGAUGCUCAUUAAAACCAUCCUUCUGCUCUUGGGCUGGACCUGAUUGCAACCACCCUCAUCAGGUAGCUAUUUAUCCUUUUUAUUUCCUCUUCAAUCUCAUUGCUUCAGAGUCUCACAAAUCUUAGCCGACCCUAAGUUCCCCCUGCUGCAAUUUAAAACCCAUUGCUUUUGUAGUAUCCUUCAUAGGGAAAGGGAGCAGAUGUCACUAUGCCAAUAUUCGUUCAGAAUUAUUAUUUUUUUUUUACAAAUCCCCCCCCCUCAACGUUCUCUUGGCUAGGUAAACCCUAUUCCUGCAGUCUUUCCUGUUAGUGACUGUUUGCCAAAUUUUUAGCAAUUAUGUUUUGCUCAAAUUUGGAUCCUCUGCAAGUUUUCUGUAUCUUCAGAUGUAGGAUCACAACUAAAUAACAGUACUCUAUAAUAAAAAUGCAGAGUGAGAGGAUUUGCCUUAGUUUUUUUUACAUAACAAACCAUAGUAUUGCUUUCUGCUUUUUUAAAUCUGUUACUGACUCAUUUAGCUCCAUUUACUGUAUUCCCUCAUCUCCCCCAGAUCUUUUUUUGACAUACGUGCAAAAUUAAAUCUAAGAAGAAUCUUGUGAAUUUGUGCUGCGUAACAUUCCUGCCUAGCAAAAGUACUUGCCACUCAUUCCCCAGUUUAUGCCCACCCACUUCUCAACCCACUAAGGUCAUUGAUCUGGCUGUUAUAAAUUCAUAUUUAAGGUGAUGCACCUUUAUGCUUUUUUAUUUUUACUUGUUUUGGUUUGCAUUAUUUUUGUUUUUUAAUGUGCUGAUAAAUUUCUCUUAUGGUGAGUUCUUACCUAUUGGGAAAAUGAAAUAGAUCAAACUUUCUGUACCCAGUUCUCCUAUAACAUGGGAGUAGUGUCCUUGCAAAAUCACGUUAAGGAAAAUUCAUUCUGUAGUACCAUUUCAAUGUCAUUAAUGUACACAUACACAGACAGUUCGUGACAUUUGUGGAACUCUAAUUCCCUAAUAAUGCAUGUAUUGUUGGAUGUAUGCUAAUUCCCUAACACCAUUUUAACCAAAAUGUAUAGUGAAAACAUGCAUUAUGGCAGAGCUGUGUUCACAAAAUAUUAUUAUUAAAUGGCAUAAAGUUUUACAGUGGCCACACCAGCAUCUUGGGCCAUUACACCUGAUACCAUCACAGUACUAGUCAUUCUUCUAAAUUGUAAUGGUCAGUUGUUUUGAGGUUGGCAGCAUUGAGAGCACUCUAAAGUCAAGAUAUAGUAUACAAAGGUCUCUGUUGUUCAAGCUGGGCAUGACACAAAAAUGGGAAUAUUGUUCCACAAUAAUAAAACGUUCUGUAUCCAGGUUAAGGUAUAAAGUUUAUAGAUGAGAUUUUUAUUAAGCACCUGGAUAUUCACAGCUUUUAGGAUAACUAUUUAGAUAACUACUUUUAAGCGCAUUUUCCAAGCUUUCUAGUGGUGACUCUAGAGAUGAAAAUUGAAGAAAAUUUAAAUUCCCUUCAGCAUAUACUACUAAUAUUGCAAAGAAAGUGAACUUCAACAUUUGAUAGCACACCAGAUUGAAACAACUUCUUAGGAUAAAAUAGUUGUGUAGAAUUUAUUAAAUACCCUUCUCCGUUGACAUUUUUAAAAGCACUGUAUUCUCACCAUUAUUUCAAUGUUGAAUCUUUUGGUUUAAUCCUGAAUUGUUAUUUUUAAUCAUUAGUGAACCAAAUAGAGAAUAGCAUAGGUAGAUAAUUUAAAAUGUUGUGUGAUUUUUUUUUUUUUAGUAUAUCUAGCAUCAGUUUUGGAGAGGAUAAUAUUAUCCAUAGAGAGUAGGUUGGGAAUUUUCCCUCUAAGCGCCAGUUUAACUGAAACACAUCAGCAUGCACGAAUGAAACAGCUUUCAAAGAAAUUCCAGCUCUGUUCUUAACCUUUUAUUACUUGUCCAAACUGUUUUUUGCCCACUCAGGUAUAAUUCACAUGGCAUUUGCUUAGUGACUUUGCUUUUGCAAUCCCACCCUUUGUACUGUUGUAAGUCGGUUAUUGUAGAAAGCUGCAUUGAGGAUGUCACAAAAAGGACACAAAAGAAUUUCUGAUUGUGGAAGAUUAGUUUUUAUACUUAUUAACUCUUCAUUGCUCAUUCAGUAGUAUUUGGGCACCCACUGUAUGUAAAGCACUGUAGUAAGCACUGGGAGAAAAUACAUGAAUGAGAAUUAGAGCAUAUCCCUGGACCCAAAGGAGUUCACAAUCUAAGAAUAAGAGGGAUGAGGGUUUUUUUUUUUGGGGUAUUUGUUAAGCACUUACUAUGAGCCAAGCACUGUUCUAAGCGCUGAAGGAGAUACAAGGUAAUUAGGUUGUCCCAUGUGGGGCUCACAGUCUUCAUCCCCAUUGUACAGAUGAGGUAACUGAGGCACAGAUAAGUUGUGAUUUGCCCAGGGUCACACAGCUGGUGAUGGACAAAGAUGGAGAAAUGAAACAGUAGAAAUAGAAAAACCAUAAAAAGACAAGGACACCAAGUGCUGUAAGAGCUGCAGAAGAACAUCGUAGCUAAAGAAGUAAUCUUAAACUCCUUUAGUCUACUAGUCACAAAAGCCCCAGCUACUCAUCUAAACAUUGUGCUAGAACAGCAAGAAGUAAGGCCAGGUUAGGGCUAAAUGACAGAACAAGAGGGUUGAGCAGGUUUUUUGAGUUUAAUCAUCCAGACUGGCUAGGUAGACUUGGCCUUAAAGCAAAGUGAAUGAAAAGGAUCCUCCAACUUUCCAGUCUCUCUGGACCACUUCCAGAAGUUGUAGAGUGUCCCCUCUACUCCUGAAGACUCCCUCUUGUUUGGGAAGAAGUCAUUCUCUGAGCCCGCCAUUUUUAGAGCAGAAACAGACGGCAGCAAUCCCGUUCUAGAAGCAGUGCUAAGGACUGGCUGGAAAUCGUGAGAACACUUUCAGACCCACUUGAAGUCCUGUGAGGACCACCGAGGGUCUCUGGGACCUUCCUGCUCCGUAGGAGUGACAACUUAGCUCCCAGAAACUGCUGUUCUAAUAUGCAAUUCUAGAUCUGGGCUUGGUUCCAAGUCUAGGUGUCACUCAUACCCCAGGAGCCAGUGGCCUCCUUGGCUGUUGGAAAUGUAUGCCCCUCAGAGAUCAUGGGGGAACAGUCCCUAAGCCAUCAUGGUAGCUGCCUCUCAUCCUCUAGCAGAAGUGCUAGGAGUGCGUGUCCUCUGCCUUGCCUAUAGCCAUGCCACUAAAUGGCAUGGGCCAAAGAUUUAUGCUUGAGUUUCCCACUGCAGUUUACAACAGCCUGUUUCCUGAGCAUUUGAUGCGCUAUUUUAAUAAACAGGCAAUACAGCCCCCAGAAUCGAAUGUCUGAGAUGUUCUGAGUUGUAAGAAAGAAGAUAUGGAUAUGUAUGUAGAAUUUUUGAAGCAGAAUCUUAUGACAACUCAAUAAUAGGUACUUUUAUUAAUGUUAAAAAUUUCAUUACUUUACUUUUAAUUGUCUGAUACACAAAUUGGAGUCUUUAGCUCUUGAAGUAUCCAUAGCGGUUAUGGCCUAUCUCUUUCAAUCUUGUGCAAUUUCUGUGAUAUAGAAUCUUUAAGGGAGCCAUACCUAUAGUACUCGGUAAAAAUACAAGUUGCAAGAACUAGUCUUCAUAUGAAUGAAAUCAUCAGUAUGUGCAAAUUGCUUCAUUUUCCACUACUUUGUGUUGAAUUUACCUGAUGAUUUGAGUGAGACUCUCUUAUUGUUUUUAUCAACUCUUUUUUUUUCCCCCUACACUGACAGAUGGUAUCCCAGCACCUUAAUGAAUACCAAGUAACUCAUUUCGAUGUUGGUGUUUUAAGCCUGAUUAGUUAAUGCUUAUAAAGCACUUGGUUAUUUUCUGGAUGAAAGUAGCUUGGCCCCAUAAAAGUGCUAAAUGCACGGUUGACAAAUGAAAGAUAUGAUUACUAUUAUUCAUUUUCAGAGUAAGGCUAUUUUUAUUGUUUAUUUCUGUCUUUUCUAACCUGGGAAAUAAUUGUCAUCAACCUGUUGUUUUCUGUUUCGUGGACUGAUCUCUAUUUCAAAAUUCACAUUUAACUCGACUACUCUAGAUGUAUUUUGAGAGUCGGUAAUCUCAUAACAUGGUAUUUUUAUUCACUGGUGAAUACUGUUUGCCCAAGGGAGCAAAGUGGUUUAUUUCCUUUUCCAUAUCAUUUGAUACAUCUUAUUCUCUAAAUGUAUUGAAGUAUAAAUUUAACCGAGGGGCAGGGAGGAAAUAAUAUGUCCAGAAUAAAGAUUAUGUAACAUGCUACCAUAGUGGUUAGGACUUUUUAUUCAGGAAUCAAGAGCACACAGAAUCAUUAUGUUACAUGAUUGGUGUGGUUGAAACGAUCAACUUAUCCCACUCUCUUCCCCUUCUCCACCAUUCUAACCACAUACAAAAAUUUGCAAUUCUGUAGUAGAACAAAUGGAUCGAGAAAUUGAUGGUUUUGCGUUCUUUGGACACCAGAAAUGAAUGAGGAUGUUUAAUCAUAUUCAUUGCAAAUCAAAUGGGUGCGGAUCCAAGAAAAAAAUGAAAUGGAAAAAUUGAUUGUAUAUGUGAAAACAUUCUGUAAAUUUUGGUAGCGCUAUUCUCUAUUCUUUUUAAGGCACUAUGUUUAAUCUUCUGUACCAUAAGCAUAAACUUGUGUCAUCCUUGGCAUUUAAGACUGAGUCAGGUCUCCUGUAGCUUGAUUUUUUUGGAAUGGAGCUAUAUGCAAAAUGGAUGCCAUCAUUGUAAAUUGUGGGGGGUUUUUAAAAUUAUGUAAUAAACCAUCUCAUCCAAAAAGAUAAAAA